AAAAGUAAAAUAAAGAUUAAAAUGAGGGCUCAAAACACACAUUAGCAUAAAUCAUAUAUUUUUUAAGUCUCAUAUGUCUUAACGCAAUGAAUAAUUUGUUUUCCCUCAAAAUAACACAUUCAUGCUAUUCUUAAGUUAUAAGAGGUUAUGUAUAUGUGAAGCCGUAGACUAGGACUAGACUAAACUAAGUAGAUCACUUUCAUUCACAGGUUGAAGGAACUUAAACUCAUCAUGGUGUUUUCCAAGGAAGUCGCUUGCAAUCGAUUAGUCAAUUUAAAGCUCUCAAGAGUACUAGUACUUGUAACUUUAGCACUGGUUCUAGUACCUCUAUUUACCCAUUACUACUUGUCAAAUGUUGAGAGUGAUGUUUCAUUGGGUGAUAUCCAUCGAACCCGAUCUAAAUUGGAAGCCUAUGAAGAAUUUGGAAUGUUCCGAGGAGCUGAUUUGAAGACAAGAAUUGAAGAAAUGCUUAGAAUUAAAGGCUCGGUGAGCACUGAACUGCGCGACCUCGAAGCCAAGAGACAGAGACUGACAGCCGACAUUUCGUCCCUCACUCAUAAAAUUGAGUCGCUGAAACUAGAUUUACUAAGGCAACAAACAGAACUGGAGAGACUCAAACUAUCCGUUGAACAGGCGCAAGUGGCUCAUCGGGAGGCUCUGCAGCGCAACACGCCAGAGUUGUCUCGGCCACUGCGGCUAGUUGCGGGGGGGCCGCCCCUCCCCCUCCCCCCGCCAUCACCCCUCUCCCCUCCCUGCAGUAUGUGGCAGUGCUUCGAUCACUCACGCUGCGCCCUCACCUCUGGUCUGCCAGUCUACCUGUACGACACAGAACUGUUCCCGGCCACCAGCUACUUGCGCACAGGUGUGAGACAGACUGUGGGUUUCAACCCCCACUACACCUCAGAUCCCCACGAGGCUUGUGUGUAUCUGGUCCUAGUGGGGGAGGGGGAGGCACACGAUCUAACUAGCCUCAGAGAUCUCCCCUAUUGGGGCGGCGACGGGAGGAACCACGUCCUACUUUACCUGUCCCGGGGCAACUUGUCGCCCCCCACCCUCACUCCUGAGUUGACAGGCCGAGCCAUCAUCGCCCAGUCUACCUUCGCCCGCCACCUGUUCCGGGAGGGGUUCGACUUGGUGCUGCCCCCAGUGCUAGGACCCCCUGGGGGUGACGUGUGGGCAGAGUGCGCUCCUCAGCUACCUGCGAGGCGCAAAUACCUACUGACCUUCCAGGGGCAUCCUCCCUCUACUCACAUUGUCUCUCAAGGAUUCAACGUGACGGAGCUGCACAAGUACUUGUCACAGUCAACGUCAGACGUGUUCCGACUGGACUGGUCGUGCAGCAACUCUGCAGCCCUGGUCUCCACGGAGGAUGACUGGGACUUGUGUGGUACUGAGACAUCCCGUGCCGCUCUACUGAGGGAGUCUACGUUCACACUGGUGCCUGCACCGCGCAACACCAGCUAUGUGUCGUCUGCGCUCAGUCUCGCCCGGCUGUAUGAGGCCCUACGCGCCGGUGCGAUCCCAGUCAUAGUCGGGGGCGACAGAAUGGUACUGCCUUACAGUGAGGUGCUGUCGACCAAGAAGUUUGUGGUGUCGAUCGCCCAGAGCCGGCUGCCAGAGCUGCACUUCCUGCUGCGGAGUGUGUCUGACGCAGAUCUGCUGGUGCUGCGCCGCCAGGGUCGUCUGAUGUGGGAGAGGUACUUCGCCUCACUACAGGCCGUCAUUGACACUACGGUGGCUGUGCUGAGAGACAGGUUGAGUCUACCACCUCGGCCCGUCGUAGACACGCCUGCCUCACUGUUCACACACGACUCUGUGCCGGUGAAGACGGAGCAAGUAGUGGAAGCGGAAGAGAGCCUCGGACCAUUGGAGCCUCCUUACCCUUCCCCUUCCUUUCACAGGAACUACUCCGUCUUUCUAGUACAGGGUCACGAGAUGUGGAACGAUUGGGGUGAUCCGUUCCGUCUCUACCCUCACCUACCCUUCGACCCUGUGCUUCCCUCUGAUGCCAAGUUUGCAGGCUCUGGCACUGGUUUCCGCCCCAUCGGCAGGGGAGCUGGGGGAGCUGGCAAGGAGUUCUGUGAGAGUUUGGGAGGCAACCAUCCUCGAGAACAGUUCACUAUCGUCAUGCUCACCUACCAACGGGACCAGGUUCUGAUGAACUCUCUCAGUAGACUGCAAGGCUUGCCUUACCUCAAUAAAGUGGUCGUGGUGUGGAACUCUCCCCGACCUCCUCUGGACGACCUUCACUGGCCGGACAUCGGAGUCCCCGUAGAGGUUGUGAAGGCAAGCACCAAUAGUCUCAACAACAGGUUCGUGCCGUACGACGCAAUAGAGACUGAAGCAGUCCUCUCCGUAGAUGAUGACGCACAUCUGCGCCAUGACGAGAUCAUGUUUGGAUUUAGGGUUUGGCGGGAACAGAGGGACAGAGUGGUCGGUUUCCCUGGUAGGUUCCACGCACUCGACCUCAACUACGGCGGUUGGCUGUACAACUCCAACUACUCUUGUGAACUCUCCAUGGUGCUGACAGGGGCGGCAUUUGUACACAAGUACUACACUUACAUGUACACCCACUGGCUGCCUCAGGCCAUCCGAGACAAGGUGGAUGAGUACAUGAACUGUGAGGACAUUGCCAUGAACUUUCUAGUGUCCCACAUCACUAGGAAACCCCCUGUCAAGGUGACAUCACGUUGGACCUUCAGAUGUCCCGGCUGUCCCGUGUCACUAUCUGAGGACGAAACUCACUUCCAGGAGAGGCACAAGUGCAUCAACUUUUUCACUCAGGUGUUUGGCUACACGCCAUUACUGAACACUCAGUUCCGAGCAGACUCCAUCCUCUUUAAGACAAGAAUACCUCAUGACAAGCAGAAGUGUUUCAAGUACAUCUAGAAUUAUCUUAAAUAAUUCAUUUGUUUUAAAUCAAAAAGGUUGGCGGCCCCUUUCACCCGUACAUUUUCUUCACCAAACAGGCCUGUGGCCUAUACAUGGAAUGUAUGCAUAGCAAGAGGUGAGCAGCUACAAGAAUAAUCUAUAUUGAUGAAUAUUAUUGGUGGCACCCACGACAUCGCUGCCUUAGAUUCGUAAUCUGUUGUGCUACUGACUGAGCCACUCUCUCACUCACUCAUCUGUCAACUUUUGCUUGGAUAUUCAAUUAUUAAUUUACAAGGUAGCUUGCCAAAAGGUAUCAGUUUCAAACUGAAAAUCAAAUAUUAAUUUUAGAUAGUUAAGGACCAAAGCUUUAUUACUUAGGAUAUAGAAGGCUUAAUACUUUUAAGUUAUAAACAGUUUAAGAUGAUAUAUGAUAUUUUUCAUCAUAAUUAAAGCGAAUCAGAGCAAUUCUGAAGUGACCUUAAUUAUUACAGGAUUUGGGAUUGUGUAAAAUGUAAUAUCUCCUUUGAUUUCCAACAUACUAUAAUAUACAGGAAUAUUGAUCCAUCCAGAUUUCCAAGACAGUUCCCCUCUUACCAUUAUAGAAAGAAAGACAAUUUAAUCUAACUUAGGGUACAGUUAAUUUUUGUUUCUGAAAUCAUUAGCAAACAACUAUUUUACAGUUGAUUUGAAAGUCCGGAUAGUACUCUUCUGCGUUCUCUCCUCUUGAAGCACAUGUAUUUUGUUAUGUUCCACCUUCUUAUUUUAUAUUUAGACGCUAGGCUCUGGCCUGGAACUGUUUUACACAUUACAUUAGACUCCCCUCUGGGUUAAGGUAUUAUCACUUAUUGUUAGUUGGCGGAAUUUGAACCCGUGAUCAAGGUAACCGAAGCCCCGUGCUCCACCACUAUCAUCACUCGCUAAGUACAAAAAUAGCAACUAUCAAUGUUGUAAAAUCUUCUUGAAUUAAAAAAGUCAUGUUAGUACACAGGGUCAGUGUAACAAAACCGUAUUCGGACCCAAAACUUAUCAAAUUAUCAAAAACUGUGUCUGAUAAUUUUAUAAUCAAUGUAAAAUGUAGUGAGAAUUGCUACCAGUGAUGACAUCAAUAUUUACUAUUUUGUUCACUUUGAGAUUUGCCAUAAUAGUAAUACUUAGACAUAUAAGUUAACCUGUAAAUAUUGUAAUUAUACAUAGUAUACACAUGUAAAUAAGUGAUCAUACAGUAAUGUGUAAACAUUAACUUAACUUAACAUGUAAUUUUUAAAAGCUAGUUUAUAGAACAACUUUAAAUUUGUCAAUUAAUUAAGCUGGGAUUGAAUUAUAGCGUGCUAAUUGCCUGACUAAGCAAAAUCAUUUUAAAUUUGAAAAUUGUUUUGUGUGACUUAGCCUACAAAUUUUUAUUUCAUUGUUAUUUAUUAAGGUUCACCAAAAAUUGUACGUAUCAUUAUGCGAAACUAAAUUUAUAAUUGCACAAAUGUGAGUGUGUCUCAAUUUAUGGAUAUAGUUUAUGUAUGUUUGAGGAAUAUGUUGGUGUGUGUUUUAUGUUUAUUAUUUUCUUGACCAUGCAACACAGUCAUUUUAACUUCAUCUGUUUGCACAAAGAUACAUUUUAUUCUUGCCAGAAAAAUGUUACUGAGUUUCAUAUUAUAGUUUGCAUUAUACUGAAUUUUUAUAUGAAUAGGUGCUUAUAUGAAUUGUUGUUUACACUUGAUGCUAUUAUGUUCAUUUACUAGUCAGUAGUUAUUUUAUUUGAUUGUAAUUAAUUAUUAGCUCGAUAUACAAUGUAUACAAAUUUUGAGCUAUACUAUUUUUGUACUCUGGGGCCAUCAAAACCACAAAGUAAGUUUCUCCUAAGUCGAGGUGUUACAGUUGUAUCUGCCACAUUCGACAAUACCCUACAGUGGGAAAAUUCACUUAAAUCAAAUGAGAUGUGUUAUCCAUGCUGUUAACUAAUGUCUUAUCACUAAUUGGCUAUCAAUAAGAAUUAAUUAGGAACCUAGGUAUACAAGUUUUAUCUAUUUUUUUAUUUUUAGGAAUUGUAUAGUAUUUUUUUUUACUAUAAUUUUCUGAUAUUUUUAAUAUUU